AUGUGCCCCACUAACUGGAAAAGAAUUGUUUUGGGAGCCAUUCUUCUUGCCUCCAAGCUUUGGGACGAUCAGGCUGUAUGGGAUGUGGACUACUGCCAGAUCCUCGAGGACGUUACAGUUGAGGACAUGAAUGAGAUGGAAAGGCACUGCCUGGAGCUACUUCAUUUUAAUAUUAAUGUUCCUUUCAGUGUGUAUGCCAAAUACUACUUUGACCUUCGCUCCUUAGCAGAUGACAACAACCUGAAUGUUCUAUUCACUCCUCUUAGCGAAGAAAGAGCACAGAACUUAAAGGCCAUUUCCAGAUUGUGUGACGACGAAUACAAAGACGUGUGUAGAGCUGCUAUGAGAAGGUCUUUCAGCGCUGAUAAUUUCAUUGGUAUUCAGCGCUCCAAUGCCAUCCUCUCUUAAGGGAGAAGUGAGGGGUUGUAACAUCAUAAACCCCUCGAAACAAGGACUGGAGAAAUAGCACCUCUCCUGCUCAGAAACCAGCAAAGUUAGUAUUUUCACCUUAAAGAAAGACAUUGAAUUCAAGAGACUCAUGGACAAGCGAAGAUUAUGCUCAUAGGAAAGAACGGGACCUCGUCAAUGUAACACGCUCUUCUGUCCUUUUUAUUGUAAACAGAGUUACAAAAACCACUCCAAAGCUAAAAGCUCCCAAUCCAUGCACAGAUAUCUGCUCCCAGUCGACACACAGAUAUCUGAUAGCUGAGAACUAUGUGAGGUUUUUUAAUUAAUAGCUUAAAUUUUUAGACUUUAAAGACUUUAGACUUUAACUAUAUAAAGACUUUUAACUAUUUAAAGACUUUAGACUUUAACUAUAUAAAGACUUUUAACUAUUUAAAGACUUUAGACUUUAACUAUAUAACUUCUAUGUUUUUCUUGCCUCACUGUCCCAUACUGCUGCAUAUUCCUUUAGAAUCAGUGCAGUAUUACCAUCAAAAAAUGGGACUCCAAAAAAAAACA